UUCCGGGUAUAAUGCGACACUCCCAACCGGCUUCAACCGCAGAGAAACAUUCUCGUCUUUAAAUAAACUAGAUGAGGUUAAGGUAAACUUGGCAACAAAAUCAAAAGACAAAAAGCAAAGAAAAAGCUGAACAACUUCAAGCUUUCUGUUUGAGGACUGUGAUGAAUAUAAAAGCUCUAGGACACUUUUAGACAACCAGCAUUCAGAUGAGUUCCACAGGUAAAAAGGACGCAGAAGAAAGAAGCAACCCUGCAGGCAGCGCCAGGACGCUUUCUUUAACUGUGUGCUCUGCUGCCAUUGGAGGAACAUUCCAGUAUGGCUAUAACAUUUCAAUCAUUAAUGCCCCCACCAUCUACAUCCAGAACUUCAUCAAUGACACAUACAUGGAACGCUGGAAAACAGUCUUGGAUACCCCUGAGGUAACCCUGGUGUGGACCCUCAUUGUGUCAGCAUUCUCACUGGGCGGUUUGCUGGGGGCCCUGUUGGCAGGGCCUAUGGCUGUCCGCUUUGGACGAAAAGCGUCACUGCUUUUGAACAACUCCUUCCUGCUGGUUGGUGCUGUGGUUGUGCUGACAUGUAAGGUGGCAAAAUCAUUUGAGAUGAUCAUCCUUGCUCGCUUUCUGGUGGGGAUUAACUCCGGAGUUAGUAUGAACAUCCAGCCAAUGUACUUCGGAGAAAGUGCUCCUAAACACCUCAGAGGCGCCGUGGCCUUUUCCUCAGCUGUGUUCACUGCGUUUGGAAUCUUCUUCGGACAGGUUGUCGGACUCACUGAGCUGCUGGGUUCAGAGCCUCUAUGGCCCUAUCUUCUAGCUAGUAAUGCUCUGCCAGCAUUGAUCCAACUAGCAACCUUGCCCUGGUUUCCUGAAAGCCCCAGAUAUCUUCUCAUCGACCGUGGAGACAGGGAAGCAUGUGUCCACGCUCUUGGAAGACUGCGUGGAGGACAAGUUCCUCCCCUUGAGAUGGAAGAGAUGCUUCAGGAGCAGCAAAUGUCUGCAGCCUUAAAGUCCGGUUCCUCCGCACCGGCCAAGACGCCAUGGUCCCUGUUCAAAGAUCGGGACCUACGAUUCCAACUCAGGACGGUCAUGACUGCUAGCAGCGCCAUGAUGCUCUGCGGCAAUGACUCCAUCUAUUUCUAUGCAUCCUACAUUUUUAUGGAAGCGGGGAUUCCACCAGAGAAAAUUCAGUAUAUCACCAUUGGAACAGGGGCAUCUGAGUUUACUGCUUCCAUACUGAGUAACCUCAUGAUUGAAUGGGUGGGCCGCAGGUACCUUCUCAUUGGAGGAUACAGUCUUAUGGCUUGUUGGAGUGUUGUCUUCACUAUUGCCCUUACCCUUCAGAGCCAAGGGGUCGCGGGGAUGGCGUACCUCAGCAUGGCAUGUGUGUUCGCCUACAUCCUCAGCUUUGGCUUGGGCCCUGCGGGGGUCACAGGGAUAUUACCGGCUGAGAUCUUUGACCAUACGGCUCGUCCAGCCGCUUACAUGGUCGCUGGUUCACUGAUGUGGAUCAGUCUUUUCUUAGUCGGAAUGUUGUUCCCCUUUAUUGUGAAUGGGUUAGGAAAUUACUGCUUCCUACCUUUCCUGGUCGUUUGUUUGGUUUCUGCUGUUGUGCUGGGCCUGACCAUGCCAGAGACUAAGGGUAAGACUCUGGCACAGAUUACAGCUGAGUUUGACAGGAAAAAUGGAAGGGUCAUGCAGGUUGAGGAGCCUGAGCAAUACCAGCUAGGCAAAGCAAGCUCCUUCACUACACUGACUGAUAAUCCAGAAUCUGACCAUAAAACUGACCCAAAGACUUCCAGGAAAAGUACAAAUGGAACAGAAGUAUUGGGAUAUAUUUAAGCACUUUAAAUGGUAGUCAGCGAAUGUGUUAUGCAGACUUGUAAAUUAUACGCACCUUUUACCAGGGGUACCAACAAAUUUGCCGAUGUCUGUAUUAUGGAUAGAUCUGUUUGUUUGGCAUGAUAAUCCUGUUAUGGGCAAUAUAAGUUUUUUUUUACACCUGGUGUUGGAAACUGUUUAACAAUCACCUUCUUUACUUGCUAGUGUACUACAGCAUGACAUGAACUAGAAAAGCAAACUAUACCCCAAUCCCACCAUUAAGCUGUUCUUAACAUAACCUAAUGCUUUAAAGCAACAUUAAAAAAAGUGCCUUUGACUGAUGCUUAAUUUUUGAGAGGUACCAACAUCAAAGAGUCAAUGUAAAAGACUGCAUACCUAACAUUAAGUUAACUCAAAUCUCUUUGAAAGUCGAAGCAAUUACAUGUGUUGGCAGAAGAGAGGGUAAUCAUUUGGACUGCAUGUAUUAAAGGAUUAUCAACUCUGCAUGGACUCAUCUGUACUCUCAAAUAGCUGUGCUUGUUUAGUGGGAUAAUCUUUUCCAGCCAUCGAGCCCCCUGACUAAAAUAUGUGUAUGUUUUUCCAUGCAGUGAACCAACACACUUACUCUGUAAUGUAUGACUUUUUCCUUUUUAUUUAUGCAUCAGCUAGAUUGUACCUUUUUAAUUUAACUACAUUAGUUAAAUUCUUUCUUGUAUACGUUAUGUCUAUUUGGACAUGUAUUUUUAUAAACAGAAAUAAAGAAUAGUUUCUGUUCUGAACUUUAGCUGCACUCCUCGAGAACGUCAGUAGAUGUCGCCAUUGUCUUCAAACUAUGUUCUCUAUUCUGUAAUAUGACGUAAAAGUCAUGAAAAAUAAUCGGUUAUUAACUUUCAGGCAAAAAUAGCAAAUUUGAUCACCAACAGCUGGCACUUCCUCACCCCUGCAAGCUUUCUGUGGGCCAUCUGUCACGGAGUGUCCCUUAAUUAGUAUAUGUUGCUUUAAUUCUCAGGCUGAAUAAUGUAUGCAACAUAUUAAUUUAUUUAUGGUACAUCCGACUUUUAUUAUGCCUCAGACUGUUUGCACUGAAUGAAUGACUGAAUAUACAGAUCCUGCAUGGCAUUGCUUUUCCAAUGAGUUCUCUGACAAUCCUUGGUGCUGGUAAAAAUUACUCUGUAUGAUUCUCAGGCUCUAUUUUUCGCUGGCUAUUUGUUUUCUGCCGGUAACCAAAACUGUCUAUUUAUUAGAAAUAUUUAUCAUAUAUAAGGGUGUACUGAAUGUUCAAUGUAUAAAUAAAAUGUGGUGACUCA